AAGACGCCCUCCUUGCAGUGAGGAGUGGAGCUACAGCCAGUGGCCCCUCCUUCUCCGGUUCUCAUUGGCUGAGAGGAGCCACCUCCCUCCUCUGCCUCAUUGGUAUGCAGGCAGUGCAGUGUGAGUGAGGAGAGAGGAAAGAGAGAGAGAGAGAGGGAGCAGUCAGUGCAGUCAGUGCUGUAGGGAGGAGUAGAGUGAGUGAAUGAGAGCUGCUGGAUCUGCUGUUUGAUUGUUUUGCUGGGCUGCCUCCUUCCACACUGCACUGGCACCACAGAGUACCCUGCCACCACUACAGACGCUGCUGAUUACCCCGCUAGUUAGCCACACUGCUAGCAGGAGAGCGAGGGGCCACCAGGAAUCAGGCUAGCUGGGCUUCUCCAUCCUUUGAGCAGGGGACGUAGCCACGUCGUAGAGUGGAGGGGCUGACACUACGGUUUAGGCACCCGCUCCUACCUCACCCAAACCUCCCUCUCACCACCACCACCACCAGCAGCCCGCUCGCUCCUCCCUAUGCCCUUGUCCUCUGUGGCUCCUCUCAACUCCCUGGCCAGUAUAUGGAUAGAAGCUCCCUGUUUCAGCUCAUACAAGAGCAGCUGGACCCAGACAACACCGGUUUCAUCGCAGUGGAGAACUUCACCAGUCUGGUGGAGCACCAUGAGCUGCAGCUGGACCCCUCCAAACUGGACAUGCUGUUCGCCCUGGUGCAGAGCAACGAGGAUGGACAGGUGUGCUACCAGGAGCUCAUCGAGCUGAUGAGCAGCAAACGCUCCAGCAGUUUCCGACGGGCCAUCGCCAAUGGCCGCCGCACGCUGCAGCGGGAGAUUCUAUUGGACGAGACGGGCCUGGGCGUGUACAAGCGCUUUGUGCGCUACGUGGCCUAUGAGAUCCUGCCCUGUGAGACAGACCGGCGCUGGUACUUCCACCAGAACAGCUUGUGUCCCCCACCUGUCUUCAUGGCCAUCAUUACCAUCAUCCAGAUCAUUGUGUUCAUGUGCUAUGGCAUCAUGCUGAAUAAGUGGGUGCUGCAGACGUACCAGCCAGACUUCAUGAAGAGCUCCCUGGUGUACCAUCCCAGACACCGCCUCCAGGUGUGGCGCUUCUUCAGCUACAUGUUCAUGCACGUUGGGUUGGAACAGCUGGGGUUCAACGCUCUGCUCCAGCUGAUGAUCGGCGUUCCCUUGGAGAUGGUCCACGGCAUCCUACGCAUCAGUCUGCUCUACAUGGCUGGUGUAGUGGCAGGUUCCCUGACGGUGUCCAUCACAGACAUGCGUGCUCCAGUGGUGGGAGGCUCCGGGGGUGUCUACGCUCUGUGCUCGGCGCAUCUGGCCAACGUCGUCAUGAACUGGGCCGGUAUGCGGUGUCCAUACAAACUCCUCCGCAUGAUUCUGGCGCUGGUGUGCAUGAGUUCGGAGGUGGGCCGUGCCGUGUGGCUGCGCUUCUCCCCGCCCUUGCCCUCCUCGGGGCCCCAGCCCAGCUUCAUGGCCCACCUGGCGGGGGCGGUGGUGGGCAUCAGCAUGGGCCUGCUCAUCCUGCGCAGCUACGAGGAGAGCCUGCAGAAGCAGUGCUCCUGGUGGGUCAUCCUCUUCUCCUUCAUCACCUUCCUACUCUUCGCCAUCUUCUGGAACAUCUUCGCCUACGAGCUGCUGGGGGUGCAGCUCCCACCCGCUCCCUGACACCAAGAAGCUCUCUCCCACUCCAUUACAUUGUCCCUCUCAUUGUCAUAUGUCAAAACCCAUCGCCUUCACCGUAUCCUUUUCCUGUCCGCUCAGCCAACCCCCCCGGCAACACCAUUCAAAACACAGGAAGUUAUUUAAUUCAAAACUGUACAGAGCAGGAAUAGUUUUUUCCAAUGUACCCAUAUCAUCAUAGAAUGAUCUCUGUUUUGUGGUGGAAGGGAAUUCGGUAGCAAUAUAUGCAGGUGAAAGCUGUGUAGCGCUCUUCAUAUUCUCAUUAUGGAGCAUCCCUUUUGUCUUUUGUGUUGAAGCUUCACCCACCUUCAGGCCGAACCUGUCAGAGAGCCAUUUUGAUUAAUACCAUGCAGCGUCAGCUCUCCUUUGCGUUCAGAGUGGGUUCAUGACCCUUGAGGUGCUUCUUACUGGACAGAUGUGUGUUCUGUCAGUAUCCCUCACUGCCGCUUUUAAAGCCAUGAGGCAGGAGGACACCAGUGUUCUAUUGCUCAACACGCACCUAAACACUAGUUCUACACUGUGGAAUAAGAAUAGGAUCUCACAGGAAUAGGUAUUACAUGUAAAAAGGCAUGCAGCUAGGAAGGUGGAAAAGACAGAGAAGAAAGAAAUCAAUGCUGAAACUGAUAUCCUAUCUCCCCACCAUCACCACUGUGGUGCUCAUGUCCCUAGUAGCCAUUGUCACUCUCCUUUUCUACCCAACCUAAAUGCUUCAGCAGGUUAGCAUAAUCUCUACCAGUACCAUACCCUAGCCUGCUAAAGCACCAGCAUCUCAUCUAGCUAAUGCUCUAAGGUCCAAACUGAGACGUGUGCCCUUUACACACCGGACACACCAACCCGCACCCUUCUCCUGUGUCACCGUCUCCAAGAACAACCACUGCCUGAUGCUGUAUGUCAGCGCGGGAAUGCAAAGAGAGAGACACAGGCCUCUGUCUAUUCUCACUCUAACAGACGGAACUGGGGAGGGCAACGAACAUGUCAUCAUCGCCUGACCUCUGACCUCCGUGUCCCAGCGGGCAUUGGGUUCGGUCUGUCAAAGCCCAGUCUAUACCUCAGUGUCUCAUUCUUAGGGACUGUAUACUUUUGUAAAGGAAUGUACACAUAAAAAAUGAGUGUUAAUCAUUUAUUUCUGUUUCUUUCUUGUUUGGGAAAACAAAAGAAGAACGUUUCAAAUGGUGCAGAUGUAAUGCUAUGAUUGUUGUUCUUAUGAUUACUCUUACUAUACAGCUUUGCUCCUCUGAAAAUAAUCGGCAGCAGACAUCCCUGGUUACUAUGACGAAUGAACACCAAUGAAGCAAGUUAGACUCGUAUUUAUAAAUCUUAGUGCUAUACAGAAUAAGCCAUAGAAGAACCAACAUAGACAUGGAAAACAAAGGCAGAGUGAAAACGUUGUGACUGAUUGCUGGUAUAUGCUUCGGUGAACGUUUCUGCCGUGUAGUCUUCAUUGGUAAGGUCAAAGCUGAUAAUAAAAUAUGUCAUAUGAGUUAUGUGGCAAAUGAGAGACAGGAUAACAAAGCCAAACUGUUUGUGCAAGAACAUGCUUGAGAAAUGCUGGACUGUUGCUCUGAGUCGACAUUAAAUAUUUGUUAUUAAACACAUCUUAAAAACUUGGUUGCCAGAUAGAAUAUUUAGACACGUAACUGCAUGGUUGCCAGAUUCCAAAUUCCCCCAGUGUGGUGAUGCCUGACUACAGUCUUUUUUGGUUAAUUACACAUUUUGGAUAGAGAAACCUGCCACAAAUUAGCUAAUUGACUGAAUCAAGCAUUUGCUAAGCUGUGACUAAGCUUGAAAUUCCAUUCACUUAUUUAAUUUCUGUAUUAUUUUUUUCAGUCUGUAGGCUAAUUAAUGUGGAAGGCUUCUUACUGCUUUAGAAAACUUUUAGAGUUGCCAAUGUUGACAGUUGGUCUCAGACAUAAUCCUCAGCAUACAUGAUUAUGUCACUGACAGAUGAUACAGGCAUACUGAGUGUGCCAUAAUGAAUAACUUUAUGAAGGGUGAAUUCUAUCUAAGAGGAAGAUAAUUGUGCCUCGUAAGCUAAAGAAUCCAUAGGACGUUAACUCAGAAAAAGCAUAAGGCUGACGAAAGGGCUAGAAACUAAAUACUGAUGUUAUUGUAAAACACAUAAAACUGUUAAAGGUCCAAUGCAGCCAUUUUAUCUCAAUAUCAAAUCAUUUCUUAUUAACAAUUAAGUACCUUACUGUGAUUGUUUUAAAUGUAAAUGGUAAAAAAUUAACUUUUUAGCAAAGAGCAAUAUCUCAAUCAAGAAUUUUGCUAGGACUAAGUGAGGAGUGGAAAACUGAAAACGAGCUGUUAUUUGCAGAGAGGUUUGGAACUCUCUUUCUUAUUGGUCUAUUAACGAAUUUACCGCCUGGUGAUGUCACCAGACAGGC